AUUAUUGCUUUAAUUUUUAUUUGUUACGACUACAUAAAUAAUUUAUUAAAAGAAAAAAGACGAUUGAUUCAAGACAAAUUAAUAUUUACACUUACAAUAUGUCUACAUUAAUAUUUACUGUAUAGACAUUUUUAAAAUACUGUAAACUUCAACACUACUUUAAACGUCAACAUCAUUAUUAUACUUAAAUUGUUAAUAAAUAGACUGCAAAAUUGAAGGUACGUGGGAUUGGUGUUCUCCACCCGUGCAUCUCUUUUCAUCCCUUGGUGCACGGUCUAGUGCACUACAUAUGGGUCCAAUGGAACCAGAUUCACCUUUGCCUAAUCGGCUAACACACGUCUCUGAUAAACAUCCAAGAUGUAUGUUAGCCGAAUUCAGUUCUAUGCGCCGUCAUCGUGAAUUAUGUGAUGUUGUUCUCAAUAUCAACAAUCGAAAAAUAUUCGCUCACCGUAACAUUUUAUCUGCAUGUAGUCCUUACUUCAGGGCUAUGUUUAACGGAGACCUAGCUGAAUCACGACAAACAGAAGUCACUAUACGUGAUAUGGAUGAAAUAGCAAUGGAACUUUUAAUUGAAUUUUGUUAUUCCGCUCGAAUCACAGUAGAAGAAUCUAAUGUCCAAACUCUUCUUCCAGCUGCUUGUCUGUUGCAAUUAACGGAAAUACAAGAUAUUUGUUGUGAGUUUUUAAGGAGGCAACUCGAUCCAUCAAAUUGUCUGGGCAUCAGAGCAUUUGCAGAUACACAUUCUUGUCUUGAUCUUUUACGUGUAGCCGAUAAAUAUACACAGCAUAAUUUUCAAGAAGUUAUGGAGAGUGAAGAAUUUCUUCUUCUUCCAGUUACACAACUAAUCGAUUUAAUUGCCAGUGAUGAACUUAAUGUGAGAACAGAAGAGCAAGUGUUCAGCGCUGCAAUGUCUUGGGUGAAAUAUAAUAUUUCUGAGCGACGACAGAAUCUUCCACAGGUACUUCAGCAUGUACGAUUACCUUUGUUAAGUCCUAAGUUUCUAGUUGGCACAGUAGGGGCUGACUUAUUAGUUCGUAGUGAUGAAACAUGUAGAGAUCUCGUUGAUGAAGCUAAAAACUAUUUACUGUUACCACAAGAACGACCUUUAAUGCAAGGACCCCGAACUCGACCUCGCAAACCUACUCAAAGGGGUCAGCUUUUAUUUGCCGUUGGAGGUUGGUGUAGUGGAGAUGCUAUAGCUUCAGUUGAACGUUAUGAUCCACAAACAGAAGAUUGGAAGCUACAGGCACAAAUGAGUAAACGAAGAUGUGGAGUUGGAGUAGCUGUACUUAAUGAUUUGUUAUAUGCAGUUGGUGGACAUGAUGGACAAUCGUACCUUAACAGUAUAGAACGAUAUGAUCCUCAGACCAAUCAAUGGUCAUGUGAUGUAGCUCCUACAACUUCAUGUCGAACAAGUGUUGGAGUGGCUGUUUUGGAUGGUUUGCUAUAUGCAGUGGGAGGUCAAGAUGGUGUACAAUGUUUAAGUCAUGUUGAACGUUAUGACCCCAAGGAAAAUAAAUGGAGUAAAGUGGCUCCCAUGACAACAAGAAGAUUAGGUGUUGCUGUGGCAGUAUUAGGAGGUUAUUUGUAUGCAAUUGGUGGUUCAGACGGACAAUCGCCGUUAAGUUCUGUCGAACGUUAUGAUCCAAGACAGAAUAAAUGGACUGUAAUGGCCCCAAUGUCAACAAGAAGGAAACAUUUGGGAUGUGCUGUUUAUAAAGAUAUGAUAUAUGCAGUGGGAGGCCGUGAUGAUUGCAUGGAAUUAAGUAGUGCUGAAAGAUAUAAUCCACAUACAAAUUCGUGGUCACCAAUAGUUGCUAUGACAUCUCGGAGAAGUGGUGUAGGUUUAGCUGUGGUUAAUGGACAACUGUAUGCUGUUGGUGGAUUCGAUGGAACAGCAUACCUAAAAACAAUUGAAGUAUAUGAUCAAAGCCAAAAUCAGUGGCGGCUUUGUGGAACAAUGAACUAUAGACGUCUUGGAGGUGGUGUUGGAGUAAUGAGAUCACCUCAAACGGAUAACAAUUUUUAAACUAUUUCAGAUUAACAAACUGUUUAUUUUAUUAUAUAAUUAAUAGUGUAGAUUUAUUGUUUAUAUUGUUUUGUCUCAAAUUAUAGUAUAUCUCAGUGAUAUUCUACUCUACUUUACUCUAAUCAGUCACUGAGAUGUAUUACAGUUUGAGAAAGAUUAUUUUUAAAGUGCUAUUGUAGAAAUUUUUUUUUAGCAAUACAAAGCAACUUAAAAAUAUACCUAUUGUAACUUAAAGCUUUUAAGAUAAUUUUCUUUGAUGUAUUAAUCACAAAUAAAUUGAUAAUACAUAUAAUAUGUGUAAAUUCGAUUGGAUAAAAAUAUAUAUAUAUUAAAAAAAAAUGUAAGCUGAUACAAAUUUAAUUCAAUUAGAUAAAAGAAUAAUUUGAUAUAAUAAGAUAUUUUUCACAUCCCAUUAUAAAAAAUAAAUAAAUAUUUUUAAAUCAAAAUCUUAUUUAUAAUGUUAAAUGUUACAUUUUAUAAUUUGGGAUUGAAAAUAAUAUCUAUUUAAUUAAUAUUUAAUAAAAAUAAUAGAUUUUAGAGAUGUUAUAAUUGUGUACUAUCAAAGUAUCAACUGUUAGAAAAAGUAUGUUCAAGGUGAUUUCUAAGUAGACAUGUUUGACAACCUGAUGUGUUCUGUUAAAUUGUAUACUGAAUAAUUUUAAACAGAUCAAUGUUGCGUUAUACCAUUUAUUAAUUUUAUGAUAUUUGGGAGAUGUAUACAUUUUAUGUAUAAAAGUUAAAAGUAAAAUUUAAUCAUAAAUACUUACAUACAAACAAUGUCUUCCUUUUAUUUUGUUUAACUUAAAAAUAAUCUAUGAGUUUUUAAACUAUGUUUUAAACUCAGAAAAUAAUUAUAAUAUGUACAUUGUCAUAAAUUAAAAAAAAAAAUCAUAUUUAUAAAAUAUUGAAUCAAUAUUCAAUAUUGAAACAUAAUAUUAUUUAAUUAAAAAAUUUUAAAACAAUGUAAACUUUUUAGUUUUAAAAGUAAUUAAGACCAAAAAAUAUGUUUUAGUGUUUUAAAAAUUAUAUAAAUAGUUAUAAUUAGGACUAAGAUUUAUUUGUCUGCAAUGAAAAUCUGAACUAUGCACUUAAUUAAAAAAAAAAUAUGCACUUUUAUUCAUUUUUCAAUAUGUGUAAUGAUUUUAUAUACUUAGGCACAUAUAGUGAGUAAAUAUUUAAUUAUAUGACUACAUUUAGAAAAUUUAACAGAGCCAUAAUUAUGUAUUAUAAAUUAAUCAUAUUUUAACUAAAGGAAUCAUCAAUAGUUAAAAUACAAAAUAAACUAACUGAACUCGCCUUAUUGUUAAACAAUAUUACAUGGUGUUAGAUUAUAUUAUUUAUAUUUAACCAUUUCAA